CUGCCAAUGUUAAUUCAUAAGGAAACAAUAUAAGAACGGAACGUUAUUAAAAUUUAAUAAAUAAACUAAAUCAAAGGUAUUGAACAAAUUAAUUAUCCGUGUACUAGCUUUUAAAGAUAAAUAUCGAAAAUGAAAAGGCAGAGACAAAAGAAAGUGGAUUCGAAUCAAAUUGAAGGAGCAAACGAGCUUUCCACUGAUUGGGAAAUUGAAAAAUAUCAUCAAGACUUCGAGCCGGAUGACCAUUGGCAAUUAAAGCGACGAUUUAUAGAAAUGCAUAAGAAAAAUUUUCCUGAAGAUAAAUUGGUUUGUUUGGCUCAGGUAUUUACUAAUAUGGAAUUUAUGGGUUGCAAAUAUCCUGCCGAAACAAUGCGGAUGGUUGCAGAAUUGUCGAAAGAUGUGGCUAAAAAUUUUCGAGCGGAACGUGCUAAUCGCUUAAAGCGCACCUUUGUGACUGCAUCUGAUGCGGCUGAAGCUCGCGCUAAAGGACGCAAAACAGAACCAUGCAUAAAUAUCAAAAGUAACGCUUCGAUUUCCAACGGAUCCAAUGAACGCUGCGAUGUUAGUAAUAAAACUGACAAUCAAUUAGGUCCAUUGACAAAAACGCUCAAAAAUAUUGAUUUAUUUGAAAAUUUGAAGUUUGGAAAGUUUGUAGUUUUUUUACAAGGUGGAAGGAAUUGCUUGCGCGAGUCAGCUCAACGUUCCAAUAUGCCCUACACGGAAAAAGACUAUUUGGACCCAAGUGGACGCAAGGGAGCAGAAAUUUACGUAAACAAUGUUUUUGUGGCUGGCGCUUGUGAGGACAAUCUAAAAGCUUCUAAAGCAAGUGCUUUUAAGCAAGCCCUAGAAAUAUUACAAAAACAUUGCUACAGCAUCAAACAAAAUCCUUACCGCGAUACUAUCAAAAUUGAAAAAUCGAACAAUCAAUUAAUAUGCGGCAUUGUUAAAACGCAAACAAGCAUUGACGAUAAAAAAUUGGAUGCAUCUAAUAAAGGAUAUAAAAUGAUGAAAAUGAUGGGUUGGUCUGGUGGAGGUUUAGGUUCACAACAACAAGGUCGAGAGGACCCUGUGAGCUAUCUUUUGAAAAAUGAUCGCACCGGUUUGGGAAAUGAGGUUAGCAAUUUAGAUCGCAAUUACUGUGGACAAUUGAUGAGAAAUUAUAGGGAUUCUGACGAUAUCCGGGAGCUUCAGUUUGAGCCCACUUUCACGAAAGAAGAAAGGGCCUUAUUACAUGAAUUUGCACAAAGAUAUGGGCAUAGGUCGUCUAGCUACGGUCAACAUGGCAUGCGGCGCCUAAUAAAAAUGGAGCGAUCUAAACUGAUUCCCAGAAUUUUCGAAGCUCUAAUCAAUUCAAAAAAAACAAUCAACGAACUGUCCGAAGGUGCAGGAGAAGCCGGAAAUAGGAAAGGCAAUAAAACACUCGGUCGAUAUGGGCAUUUUGAGCAAAAUAAAGAAGUUUGGAAUGGUAAUCAGGCUUACAGCUUUGACUUGUCAGACGAGCAUGAGCCAGUCCCUGUGAUGCUAAUCGCGGAAACCCGGAAGAAAACAAGCGGCGUCUCACUCUCCGUUUUGUCGCAGGUUCCGCUCCCUUAUUUACUUUAAUAUAACUAUCAGUGAAACUCGUCGAUCAUCAAUUGUCACUCGCAGACAAACGGCAAAUUUUUUUUAAAUAAUUUAUCUUA